CUUUACGGCACGCUGUUUUCAUUUUGCUGCAUGCCUUUAAAUACCUUCUAGUGUAUUUGCUUGAAUAAUUGAGUUUAUCUCAGAUAUACUCAUUUCUUGUAAUUUAUACGAUUAAAACAUGAAAAAUGCUUUGUCAAAUUUGAUAUAACACCAGAUCCGGCUUUUUAACCUUGACUGAAUGGCUUAUCACGCCUAAACUGUGGCGUCAAUACAAAUACAAAUUUACACACAUAACGUUUAAAACAUGCUACGAAAUAUAUGUCGGUAUCACACAAAGUUUGGCCAGGCAAUUAUUUGGCCGUUUUCAUUUUCUUACGUGAAGCAUGUUCCCAGUUUAUCAACACAGCUACAAAAGGCUAAAUAUAGCAGUGCUACAGCAGAGAGGAAAAAGUUCUACGAGACUGUAUCUAUAACUCAAGGUGAAGGUGGCUUGUUUGAAAUAAACCUUGAUAAGAGAAAGCUGAAGACCCCAAGUGGAAAACUAUUCACAGUUCCCAAUGAAGCUCUUGCCAUUGCUGUUGCAAAUGAGUGGGACGUUCAAAAGGACACAUUGAAGUUUUACACUAUGCACUUGACCACCCUUUGUAACACUGCUCUUGAUAAUCCAACACAAAGGACAAAAGAACAGAUGAUCUCUGCCGCUCUGAAGUUUUUGGAAACAGACACUAUCUGUUACAGAGUAGAAGAACCUCCAGGCCUUGUGGAACUUCAGACAAAUGAAUGGGACCCUGUGAUGAACUGGAUUGAACAAAGGUACAAUGUAGUCAUUGGCUCGUCCUCCAAUAUAAUGGGCCCUCAAAUCCCAGAAGAGACUAAAGAGACAUUUCAUCAGCACCUUAAUUCCUUCAACUUCUGGUCUCUGACAGGGCUUGAGUUUGUGAUCAAUCAGCUGAAGUCGCUGGUUUUGUCCUUUGCGCUGAUUGACAGACACCUAAAUGUGGAAGAAGCGGUUCUGUUGUCCAGACUUGAGGAAGAAUACCAGAUUCGGAGCUGGGGAAAUGUGGAGUGGGUCCAUGAUUAUGACAUGUAUGAGCUGAGAGCGCGAACGGCGGCUGGUGCAUUGUUUGUGCAUCUGUCAUCUGAAAAAACAUCUGUGAAGAAAAAAAUCUUACAAGACUGAUAAUGCCAAAAAUAGACUGUGUGGGUCUGAAACUUUGGGAAUUGUUAUCUGUUUUUGUUUUUACAGUGACACUAGUUAUCUAACCAGUAGUUAUGUUUUGAGAAAUAAUACAGAUUUCUAAGGUCAUGAUAUGUAUUUAUAGUGUCAACAGCUAUCACAUGGAAACACUGUAAAUGCUAAAACCCAGUAUUUCAAACUCAAUUUCAAAGAUGUAAAUGUUUAAACUGUAUGUUGGGGAAAAGAAAGAAACAUUUUAAUAAAUUACAAAGUACAAACAUCUAA